GUCCGUCCGGUAGAGCAACAUGCCAUAUUCUGGAUAUUGUAUAUGGAUUUUUCUCUCCUCAUGGGGAAUAAUUGCGGGCGCUGUGAGGACUCUACCUCAUGUGAAGAAGUACCAAACAGUGAUACCCCAGAAGCUGAAGGACUCAUCUCACAUUAAUGAUGCUGCUACACAUCAGACAUACCCAGAUGUACUCCAGUACUCUUUGACAAUCGCAGGGCAAAACUACACACUGCACCUGGAAAAGAACAAAGAUCUUGUCGGCAAAAACUUCUCUGUGACACAUUAUUCUCAUCAAGGCUCCCAAGUCACAACUACUCCAGAUCUGAGGGUUCACUGCUACUACCAUGGGCACAUUGUGGGAGUGGAGGACUCGUCUGCCAGCGUGGGACUGUGCUCAGGAAUAAAGGGGUUUGUGAGUCUCCAGGACGAUAUGUACCUGAUUGAACCCCUGUCCGGCGGCCAGGGACAGCAGGAAGACAGACCGAGCUCCUUGGCUCACAGCGAUGAGGGUCUUCAUGCAGUUUACAAUUACAAACACCUGAGGAGGAAGAGGAGCUCCUGUUCCCAUGGAAACACAACCACUUUCUAUGAUCACGGAGCUCGUCCGUCUGGACUGUUCCAGCUCGGCAGCCUGAAAAGCAGAGCUCAGACCAAAGACCGCACAGGAAAACCCAAGACAGUGGAGUUGGUUGUGGUGGUCGACAACACAGAGUAUAAGAAGUUUGGUAAGAGGAAGACAAUAGAGGCCAGAGCGCUUGAAAUCGCAAACCACGUGGACAAGCUGUAUCGCCCUGUCGGUGUCCGUGUCAUGCUGGUCGGUCUGGAUAUCUGGUCGUACAAAGAUCAGAUACAGGUCAGCACCAACCCUGAGCUCACUCUCGGUCGCUUCCUGGAGUGGCGUCAGCGGAACCUGCUGCCGAGGACCAAACACGACAACGCACAGUUCAUUACAGGUGUGGAUUUUGAUGGGUCCACUGUCGGCUUGGCCAAUACCAAUGCAAUGUGCACGUCUAACUCUGGAGCUGUCAAUGAGGACCAUAACACUAACGCAAUAGGAGUGGCCUCUACUAUUGCACAUGAAAUGGGUCACAACCUGGGCUUGACCCAUGACUCAGAGAACUGCGUCUGCGGCACCUUAACAUCCAAAAGAGGCUGCAUCAUGGCUGAGAGUGUCGGCAUUGUGUAUCCAGAGCUGUUCAGCAGCUGCAGUCAGCAGCAGCUCAGCAGGUUCUUGGAGGAGGUCAACCCGGCCUGUCUGCUGGAUACUCCCUCUACUGAUCGCAUCUAUGGAGGGCCAGUGUGUGGAAAUGCCUUCCUGGAGCCUGGGGAAGAGUGUGACUGUGGCACUGCAGAGGAGUGCAAGAAUCCCUGCUGCAAUGCUACUACAUGCAAACUGAAUGCAGGAGCCGAGUGUGCAGAGGGACAGUGCUGCCACAACUGCAAACUGAAAGCGACAGGCAGCGUCUGCCGACCAAAGACAGGAGACUGUGACCUGACAGAAUACUGCACUGGCUUCUCUGCCUCCUGUCCGACGGACGCCUACACCCAGAAUGGCCUGGCCUGCAACCGUGGAAAGGGAUACUGCUACAACGGACAGUGUCCUUCACGGCAGGAACACUGCAAAAGACUUUGGGGACCAGAUGCUGAACUGGCUCCAGAAGCUUGUUUCUCACAGCACGGAAACUGCAGAAAGACUUUGUUUGGCCAGAGAUGCUCAAAUAGAGAACAAUCCUGUGGGACGCUUUUCUGCUCGGGAGGCUGGGAGUUUCCAGUGACAUCCAGGAAGUCUUUCUACAGAGUAGGAGGUGGAGACAUAUGCAAUGAGGCAACUAUGAACCCUGAAGAUAACUACCCUGCAGAUCUUGGUAUGGUACCAACUGGUACCAAGUGUGGCUAUAACAUGGUGUGCUACAAUCAACGGUGUCAAGACAUCAGAAACAUAAAAGUGUACGGAACAAAUGACUGCUCUGCCAAAUGCAACAACCACGGGGUUUGUAACCAUGAGAGUAAGUGUCACUGUGACCCCGGCUGGGCGCCACCUUUCUGCAGUGUGGAGCAUUCAGAACUCCCUGAAGCGGCAGGUCCGGUGGUGUUUAUUGUGUCACUGGUGGUUGGCUUACUGCUGCUGUCUGUCCUGGUUAUCGGGAGUUUGAUGUGUUGCAUCAAAAAAAGGCGACCUGCAAAAAGAUGCUUCCAAUCUACCUCAGGACAAACCAACCCGUUGUUUCGGUCAAGCAGUUCACGAGGCAGCCCUCGUCUCAGCUCCACACACAUCAGCCAGCCGACAUUUGUGGAGUCUUCAGCCACUCAAGCCUGUAAACCUCUGUCUUCUGCUGCUGCCAGACCAAAUACUGGAGCACCGAGGCCCAGCAGAGCAGCUCCAGAGCCACCUAAGAAGUUCUCAGCUCUUCCACAGCCAUCAAGGAUUGCAGAGGUUGUUAGGCCAUUCUUGCCACCAGUUUCAAGCAAGCCAGUCUACACUGAGAAAAAGCCUCAACCUCCAUCCAGACCUCUGCCACCACUUUCAACAAAACCAAAGCCAAAACCUCCGAUGCCCCCAGUGAAGCCAAAGCCCUCUGCAGUCCGCUCUCCGCUGCCACACACUCAGCUGCUUGCGGGCAGAGCAGCCCUGAUGCCCCCGAGCAGACCCAGAUGACAGAGGAAUAAUUCAGCCUGUAAACACUGAGAUCCUCUAACAGAGGACACUGUCCCACCUAAGAAGGACCAAGAAAUCCUCUCUGGAGAUGCCUGUUUGUUUUAAAGUGGAAACAAACUCCACCAAGGGAUCAGCAACAAUAAGUGACAGAGCUUUACUGUCACUUAUGCUCUCCCUGAGGAUUACCGCCGUCUGUGUCUUGCUUAUAUAAGCCUUCAGUAUGUUGACGACAACCUGAAGCCGUGAUUGACAGACUCAACUUCUGUGCUUUAUAAUUGACAAAUGGUGAUGCUGCCAUGAUCAUGUUUUUAUUUCUUUUUAAGGGAAAUGUCUCUCUGCCUUGAUCCUUGGAUAUGUGAAGACUUUAAAAGGCAACUGCACUAUCGAUGCUGUAACUGUUUUACUAAAUGUUACGAUUCCCUCACAUGGGUUUUGGUACUGCUUUUCUAAGAAAUAGUGUUGUUAAGGGAUUUUAAAACGUGGCACCAACGUGGGCACUUUACAGAUUGUUUGAAUUAAGGACAUAACAGUUUGGACUUUUUUGUACUAACCUAGGUAUGCUUGACUUUGUGAGACUGAAUCAUUGCGUGCUGCUGUUUUGUUUUGUGUGUUGAUUUGAUAGGCGGUCAAUGUACUUUUCAGUCUUUGAAUUUUUCUUUCAGAAACAAAAGCGAGAAAACGAAAACCAAAUAGUUUACUUAGUUUAUUUCAAAAUCCAAAACUGAAAAAAUAAGCCAUUUUUAGUUUUUCAGGGUCACAAAUGGAAAAGAAUAGAGAAAUAGAAAUGCCACUUAAUAUCCUUCUUCUCCUGUUUGAAAAAAAACAAAAAAAAACAAAAUCAGUUGUUUUUUUUUCAUUGUCUGAAACUGGAAGUUUUCCUGAGGGAAACACACUGUUCAAUGCAUGGGUGCCAAAAUCAAAUAAUUAGCUCCGUGCAUUUGUAGCAUGAGUAGUCAAAGGUUUUUCUGCAAAGUUUGUCAGGAGAUUCUGCACCUUAAAUGGAAGAUAUUUUAUUUUUUUGGAAAAGAGAAAAAGAAAAUUUGCACACCUGAAAAGGUGCUAAUUUUUUUUAGGAGAAAAGGAAAAUUAAGGGGCAUAUCUAUUCUGCAUGUUUCAAUUCUGACGCUGAAAACUAAAAAUGGGUUGUUUUUUGUUGUGAUCUCUGUUUUUUUUUUUUAACGAUUUUGAAAUAAAAAUCAAAUUACUGUUUUUUUCACUUCUUUUUAUGAAAGGAAAAAUAAAAGACCAAAAAAGCACACUAACCAAAGGCCCACAUGUUGAUUGUAAUUGUUAAAGAGAUUUUAUAUUAUAUAUCCUAUGCAGCAGACCUUCACUCAUGAUUGUGGUCUUUCCUUACAAUGAGGGUUCUGCCUUGAUUUGUCCUGCAAACUUUGAACUGAAAAUCCAUUUGAACCCUUCCUAUUUAUUAACUUUUUGUCUGUAAAACGGAGCUUACAAUAAAAGAGAAUCACCACAA